CCAGUUUCGAAUCACAUUUGAGUAGACGUGCAGUUUGUGUAGUUUCCAAACGACGGCAAAUUCCCAUCCCAAUACCACUACCUACUACAACCUAUACACACUUCCCAAUGGCAUCUAUGGGUCAAUCCUUCCAAUAUUCCAUGUUGCGUGUCCUUGUGUUGUUGUUCCUCUUUUCCAUGGCUUGCAUGGCCCAGACAUUCCAAUACUCACGCGGUUGGACCAAUGGGAAACGAAAUGGACCUGGAAAUGUUGCCACAAAUAUAUUUCACAGAGACGAUGAGGGUCUAUCCGAAAUAUUUGAUAUUCAAGAUGUGAAUGAGAGGCGAUUGGAAAGAUGUCUAUUGCAACUUCAACAUGCUUUAAGGAAUCCUCUGCUGCUGCGCUCAACAGCUGCUGCCUUGGCUUUGAAUCCAUUGUCCGCCGGCAAUCAAAAUGGCAACAACAACAGCAAACUGAAUAAUGGCAAUAAUCCCCUGUUAAGAAGUCAUCAAUCAAAUGAGUUGUUUGAGGAAUUGAAUAGCUCGCUUAUUGAUGCCAGUGAUGAUUAUGGCAAACACUAAAAAAAAUAACAACGGAAAUAUUUUGGAAGAACAAUGAGCCCCCAACGACAACAGGACACUAACAAGGAACUCGAUUUUAAUGUUAUAAUACGCGAUACGGAAAUUACUCAACUUAACCUUUAUACAAUUAUCGAAUGAUUAAAUCUAGCAUAAAAAUGCUACUAAAAUGCAAAAAAAUAAAAAGAAAAUUAAAACCAAAAAACAUCAUCUGAGGCUGGCUUAUAAUACGAAAAUAUGUUGACUUGUAACACACACAAACAUACCUACAUAAAUGAUAACUUCUCCAUUUUUUGAUAUUAUGUAAAUAUAUUUAUAUGGACAUUUUUUUAAUGUUAAUGAGUGUGUAGAGUUUAAAUUAAAUACAACAA